AUGAAUCAGGUGGUCUCAGAAUUUAGUAGCAUGUCGUACUUGCUUUGCUAUAUGAUGAUUGAUCAUAUGAUGGGGACGGUUAAUGCUUACAGUGGCUCUGGCUAUUGCAAAUACGGUUGGAGCAAGUAUGUUGCUCCAUCUAUGCGCUCUGCUACUUUCUUGGAAUUUGGUAACAUUGAGUCUCCAAAGUAUACCAGACUUAGACAGUUUUUUUCCACUAUUUAUAGCAGGAUGCAGGUAAGAGCACCAUCACAGCCAGUGGUUGUGUCUAUACCAAUAUUGCAUUAUGAUGAUAUUGAAUCUGCAAAAGCAUCAAGACGGCAACUCAAGGAAGCUAUAUAUACAACACUAUUUAACAUGAAUUUUCCUGCUGUUUGUGCAAUUAAUCACGCAACUUUAGCUUUGUAUGCUGCUAGAAGAACUUCAGGAAUUGUUGUAAAUAUUGGGUUUCAAGUCACAUCAGUUGUUCCAAUUUUACAUGGUAAAGUAAUGCGCAACGUGGGUGUGGAGGUUGUGGGACUGGGAGCACUAAAACUUACCGGGUUUCUUAAGGAGUUGAUGCAGCAGAACAAUAUUAGUUUUGAAUCGCUGUACACCGUUCGCACUUUGAAAGAGAAUCUCUGUUAUGUUUCCUACGAUUAUGAGGCUGAGCUACUCAAAGAUACACGAGCAUCAUCUGACGCAGCAGGAGAAGGUUGGGGAUCGAAUUGGCAAGGAGCAUUGCAAAGGUAAUUUGCAAGAGGUACGGAAUUUGUUCUUUUAACUCUUAUUAUUAAUAUCUUUAAAAUGUUAGAGGAGUUUGAAUAUCUUAAAUAUUCAUCCAUAGAGAAGUAGGUUAUGAGAUUAAAAUUGUGUGCUGCGGUGAUAACGGAAGGUUGAAAACUUGUGUGUAUUAGAGAAGUAGGUUCUGGAAAACUGGUUUCCAAAUGCAUUUUUCAAAUGAAACACUAACAAUAAAACACUUGGUUUAUUCAAAAGAAAAAAAAAACAC